AUGGGAGCUGGAGAAGAGAGAAGUUGGUCUGGGCCCCAAAAGACGAGGUGUUGUCCACAAAGCGGCUCAUCUCAUCUCGACCAACUAAAGGAGUCAAGUCAGUCCGUCCUCGUCUUUUUUCUCGCAACAACAAUCAACAUGGCCAAUCUCCCCAAUCUCCGGAGGCUGUUCGUCGAAGCCCGAUCAGAAGCGGAGGAGAAUGAGUACUCCCGGACUGCUUUCUAUAACCUCGUUCUCUUCAUAUCCUCUGUCGCGGUCUUUAGUCUGGCUGCUCAACGGAUGAGUGGUUCGAAAUCGGGGAAAUGA